AUGGACACGCCUGCUAGCUCUCCACCCCGGCCGGCGCGCCGCUGCCGGGGAUCCCUCGGGCCAGGGAGCAGCGCAGGGUGCCCGGCCGGGGGCGCCCCGCCUCCCGCGCCCUCCACCCCCGCCCACUCGGGCGCCCGUGAUUGGCUCCGCCCGCCCCUGGCUGCGCGCCGAGGCCCGCCUCCCUCCCAGCUAAAGAAGACGGUACCCGGAGCGGAGCGAGCCAGAAGGGAGCAUGGUCCCCGCGCCGCGGCCGCGCCGCCGCCGCCGUCCCCGCCGCCGCGGACCCAGCUGCAGCUCCAGCCCCGGCCCCGGCUCCUCAGCGCCCGCGCGCAGCCCCGGUGGCCGCCGCGCCUGAGCGCAGCCCCAGCCCCGCGGCCGCCGCGGCUGCGGGAGAGGCCGCACAGGCUGACAGGCAGAAGGACUGACUUCCCUCUCCCGGGCAUCCUCCCUGGGCUGCCGGGAGGCGGCGGCGGAGGCGGGGAAGGAGAAGGAGAAGGCGGAGAGCAGGAACGUGCGGAGGUGGACCUGGAUCCGUUUCUCCGGGCCAGGACCCUAGCGGCCCCCGCCACCGCUGCCCGCCGUCGCCGUCCGCUGUCCAUCAGCCCUCCCGCGCCCACCCGCGAACCCCAGCUCUCUGCGCGCCGGGCCAGGGCCGGAGCCGCACGGCCGGAGACUGUCUGGCCUGGUGAUGCUCAGGCGGUGCUAAGUGUUGGUGGCCACCGAGACUUUUGCAUCCUGGGGACGAAUCCAGAGCUUGCCAGAGACGGACAGCGGAAGAGAGGUCAGACCAAAAGCCCUGUCCCUGAGGAGCUUGCAGUCCAGUGGAUACCAGUUCGGCCUCUGUUUCCUCCUGAGGAGCAGCCGCGGCUCACCAAGAUGUCCCGGCAUCACAGCCGCUUCGAGAGAGAUUACCGCGUGGGCUGGGACCGCCGUGAGUGGAGUGCCAACGGGACGCAUGCGACCACCAGCAUCUGCAGCGCCCCCGCUGGAGCUGGAGGCGGCACAGCCAGCAGCUUGAGCGCCCGGCCUGGCCUCCUGCCGCUGCCCGUGGUGCCCUCCCGGCUGCCCACGCCCGCCACGGCGCCCGCCCCCUGCACCACCGGCAGCAGCGAGGCCAUCACCAGCCUCGUAGCCAGCUCUGCCCCCACCGUCACCACCAAGGGACAGCCAAGAGGAGAAGACUCUUCCCCCAUCUGUUGGGAGCACAGGGACCAUCUUCUGGGGGAAGCUCCCUGACCUACAGGUAAGCUGACCCAGGAAUGUUACACCUGACUUGGAGGCCUUGUUUAAAAGCUCUUGGUUGUAUGGGUUUUUAAGGCUCUUUUCCUACCACACAGGUGCUCUCGGGGGCUUUCCUCUCUGCCUGGGGGCUGUGGAGGCAUGCAGGAAUCAGCAAGCAGGGGCAGAGGGGAUCUUGAACACCCUAGCUGACUUGGAGUGGGAUGCGGAUUUCCUGGCAGGGGUGGGGGCAGUACUGGGCAGAGGCUGUUACCCAAGUUGGAGAAAGAACAUCUCAGUCAUCAGGGUACCUUGUCUGGUGGCUUGUUGACAAUUCCAUGAGUUCUAAUGUCUGAGGUUCAAAAGUGGAGAAAUUCAGUCAUUUACCCCAGUGCUUUGUUAAUAAAACCUGGUUGGUUUGGAACCAUUCAGACCCCAGAAGACCUGGGUUGGAUUUUCCCAUCCUUUCCACAUGGAAGAGUAGGAGAUAAUAUCAGCAGGUGGAGUGCGGGGUCUGCGUUGAACAGACCCACAGGACUUCUGUUCUCCCUGGGGCCCCCUCCCCCUGGACCCUGGUGAUUCUGAGUCCUCUUGGACAGCAGAGUGUGUGGGUCCCUCUUCCUGCAAGGCGGCCUCUCCCCCCACUCCUCUGGGCAGUGGUGAGAGGGAGAUGGGGAGACAGCCCCCAGGGGAUGUGCGGGCAGAACCAGGCGGUCCAGAGAACCUUUCCCCAACUACUGACCCUUUGGUACCUAAAACCCAGACUCUGAAACCCAGUGUCUACACCUGGGAAAGGCCUGCCUUGGGCCCAUUCUACCAGUUUAGGUAUCUUGGCCUGGAGCAGCUUGAAAUUCCAAGGAAGGACUCUCAUUUUAAACCCAAGAGGUGAGAGAAAGGAGGGGCUCACCUGAGGCCAGGUCUGCAGGUUAAUACGCAUGCUCCUCAACCUUCCUUUCCAUCCUCCCCACUUUGAGGCAAGCUACCCAAGAGUGUCAGCCUGGGAGCAGGGUCCUCAUCCUUUCCCUGACAGGCACUCACUGUGAGCUCUUGAGCCUCUGUUUCCCUACCUGUCAGACUCAAAUAACCAUGCCUGCUCCACCCGCCUUGUCAGGCAGCUAUGAGCCUGAGGUGAGAGGUGUGGUGUGGCAGGCCUUGGAAAAGGGGACAAAAUGGAAAGGGUGUCGCUAGAGUUAUUAUACAGCAGUGGUUGAAGUUUCCGAUUUUUCUGCCUGGCACGUCGCUGUAGUCUCCUGGGAUGGCUGUAUUCAGGGAGCCGAUGCCGUAGGCUUUGUGGAACACGCGGUGAUUUCAUGGUGCAGCCAGGCGCUGGACUGUUGGGGGAGGGGCACCAUCUGGAACUGACUGGCGUUUUCCUGAAGUUAGAGGCCAUCCGCAGACUUCCUGCCCAGCUUCUCUGGACCCUGGAGUGAUUCCCACCUGGACCCACGACCAGGGACAUUUCAUUCCCCCUGGUUGAUUUGUGUCCCAAAUUCUCAAGAUCCCGCCCCCAGCCCCAGCGCCAUCCUUUGCCUGCUUCUUUUCAUCGUUGUUCUGUAAACACGUUAAAAAUUGCCUCCUGUUUCAGUUCCCCACCUCUCCUGCAAUUUUCUGGCCUCCCCUGAUUUCACCCUCCAGGAUUGAAAUUCUUUCUCCCGGUCUCCGUGAGCAAUUGGUGAAACAGAAAAAGCAGGAAAUUAAUGUCCCAGCCUCGAGGCUCCACACAGCAUUAGAUGGAAUUAAAGUACAAUAAUGAGUCA